CUGCCAGUUUGUGGGGUCCAUAUAAGGACAUAUGGCAGACUGUAAUGAAUGCCAUUUGGAAAAGGCAACCUGAAGCUAUUCAUCGCCUUGACCAAGUUUUAAAGAAACACAAAUCUGACUUCAUUUCUCUCUUCAGAAAUCCGCCAAAGAAUGUUCAGCAGCAUGAGAAAAUUCAGAAAGCAAGUACAGAAGGGGUUGCUAUCCAGGGUCAGCAGGGAACUAGGCUUUUGCCAGAGCAACUAAUCAGAGAAGCCUUUAUCCUCAGUGACCUCUUUGAUAUUGGAGAGCUGGCAGCUGUUGAGCUCCUUCUAGCUGGAGAACACCAGCAACCUCAUUUUCCUGGCCUUACAAGAGGUUUGGUGGCUGUUCUGUUGUACUGGGAUGGAAAAAGAUGCAUUGCCAAUUCACUACGAACCCUCAUCCAGUCACGCCAAGGCAAGACGUGGACAUUGGAACUCAGUCAAGAGUUAAUAUCCAUGACGACACGCUUUACAGAUGACCUAAUGGAGCAGGGUUUGACUCAGAAGAUCCUCACUCUUGUGUCUCACAUUGAUUUGAACAAUGAAUUUGAUAAACUCCAGAGAGAACGAGGAUUGGGCAGUGAGAAACAUCGCAAAGAGGUUUCUGACCUCAUUAAAGAAUGCCGACAGUCCUUGGCUGAAAGUCUGUUUGUUUGGACCUGCCAGUCACCACUGAGUAAGGAUGACACUCUAAUCCUCAUAAGUUACCUGGAGAAAGUAACAGUGGAAGCUGAUGGCUCAUUGGACGGUGUGAACUUGUCUCUUCUCAUGGCUCUCCUUUACUGCUUUGAUGUCAGCUUUCUGGAGCAAGGCACAGAGGAUCGUGAAGAUUUGAUGCACCGGCUCCCUUUGCUAGCAGAAAGACAAUAUAUAGCAACGAUACACACUCGUCUUCAGGAGUCUCAGCCUUGGAAAUUACCAGGCCUGCAAGCUACUGUUAGAUUAGCCUGGGCGCUGGCAUUGCGAGGAAUAUCCCAAUUAUCCGAUGUGACAGCUUUGGCAGAAUUCACUGAAGCAGAUGAAGCGAUGGCAGAGCUAGCAGUUGCUGAUAAUGUCUUCCUGUUCCUGACUGAAUCUGUUGUGGGGUCUGAAAAUUUCUACCAGGAGGAAUUUUACAUUCGCAAAAUUCAUAACCUUGUCACAGACUUCCUUGCACUCAUGCCAAUGAAA